UACCUUGAGACUGUAGGAGCCUCUGUCACACUAUUUCUGCACCUUUUUUUUACACUUUUAGUCUUUGCAAAUCUUUUUUGUCUUCAAAGACAGUUUUAAGAUGAUUUCCUCUUCGCCGUUUCUUCUGCUGCUUCUCCCCGGAUGGGGUUUGCUCAGUUUUGUCUCGGGUUCCCCCGCUGUGGAGGAAGCUUACGAGGCUGUGGUGAGCAUCGUGUCUCCAGGACAGCAGUAUCUGACCGGGGAAUCCCUUCACUCCCUCUUUAAUACACUGGAGCACCGUGUGCACUGCGGCGAAGUGCCGUGUGAAAAGUGUGAUCUUGCAGAUGCCGUUCAUCAGCUCAUAGGCAAUCCCGACGUCCAAUAUGAGGAAGAAACUAGAAGAAACAGUGUAAAUGUGGCUGUCACUGUAUCUCAGUUCACGGCUCUCGCCUCCGGCUCCGUCCUUUACCUUUCUUCUCCUGGCCUGGUCUGCACAGCGAUAAAAACAGGAACAUGGGGAGAAGAGACUGAAAAAUUCCUGCACAAAUUCACACAUAAUGAUCCCCAUGAACACAAGAGUGAGGCAAACCAUGACCAUGAACACAUAGACGUCCAUGGAUUAGAAGGUGUCAUUCAAGAGCUUCGCAGCCACUACGACCCCACAGAAAGUGAGAACUGUAUAAGCGCUAGUGGCAUCAUGGCACAGGUCGACGCAUCAUCAGGAGACCAGAAACAGGAAGUGGGUGCGGUUUUGGGAUAUGUGCUGUAUCACGCCCUGCAAGGUCACUGCUUCACUGAUCAGUCCCUGCCUGAUGAGAGCUUCUUCAUGAACUACAUCAUGGAGCAGCUCGGCUCAGAAAAUUUCACUAUCCUGGACCUAAAGGCUGUCAUGAAGAGCCUGAAUAUCGGACCUAGCUCCGAGGAAGACCAUGGACAUGAGCACACAGCAGAUGAACACGCCGACCAUGAUGACAAUGUCCAGAGAUGGAGGAAGAGAAGCAGUGACAGUGUUGAGGGACGUGAAAGUAAUAACACUUGGGAACAGCGUUGUUUCUCAGCUGAAGAACUGGUCCAGAUCUACGGUCUGGCAGAGAAUAGCUCUGCCUCCUCUGGUCUGGGUCGGCCUGGCGUGGUUCAGCUCAGCCCUGCGCUUGUCCAGCAGAUCCUGAGCGGAGCUUGUGCAGAUAUUACAGAUCCAGAAAAACCUGAUGGGCUCUCCAAGGCUGAGAGAUACCUCUAUGCAACCAUCGCCAAUUUGCUGAUAACAGUGAUAUCCAUGUUUGGCAUUGUGGUGUUGCUGUGUGCCGCCUGUACCAGUGUUUUCCAGAUGUGCAUCCAGUUUUGCAUCAGCCUGGCAGUCGGUUCACUGACUGGAGAUGCCCUAUUGCACCUGAUGCCAACAUUUCUGGGUUUGCACGUGCACUCAGACAACGGUGGCAGCAGCGAAGAUUCAAGUCACAGUCAUGAGGAAGAAACUCCGGACUACGUAUACAAGAUGCUGGUACUGAUUGCAGGGAUCUACUGCUUUUACCUGAUGGAAGUUUCCUUCUCUCUGAUCACAUAUGGUGAUAAGCAUCACGACCAUAAACAUCACCAUGGGGAAGAAUCUGAGCCUCACCACUGUGACCAUGGGAGAGUUUUAGAGAUGUAUCAACAGGAACAGAAACAAAAAGACACAAAGUCACAGUCCAUAUCCAAAGAAGACCUGGUUAGCUGUGAGGACAAUGAGAAACCGCUUCCAGAGCCAAAGGAGCGCACCAGAGAGCAGCGUCUGCUGCCUUAUAUGAUUACGAUCGGUGACACGAUCCACAACUUUGCAGACGGCUUAGCGCUAGGUGCAGCUUUCGCCCUGUCCUGGAAGUCUGGUCUGGCCACGUCACUGGCUGUACUCUGCCAUGAGUUACCGCAUGAGCUCGGUGACUUUGCCAUUUUGCUCAACUGUGGCCUGUCUGUCCGCAAGGCCUUAGCUCUAAACAUCGCCAGCACCCUGACCUCGUUCAUCGGCAUGUACGUCGCUCUGUCUGUAGCCACUGACCUCGCUACCCAGCAGUGGAUAGGUGCCAUUACUGCAGGGCUCUUUCUAUACGUGGGACUCGCUGAUAUGCUGCCCACCAUGAUCCAUAUCAGCAACAAGAAACCCUGGCUGACAUUUCUGCUGCAGAAUGUCGGCCUUUUGACAGGGUGGGGUAUUUUAUUAUUGUUGUCUCUUUAUGAAGAGAAGAUAAGUUUUUAAUGCACAGUCUGGCAAGUGAACGGUCUCUCUGAGAUCUUAUGAGAGUUUAUGAAUGUUGUUGACAGGUUGCUGUAAGACCUAGUUUAUACUUGAUUUCUUAAGGAAUUCCUAAUGAAGACACGGUGUACCAGACACACAAAACCCACUUGUGCAGUGUGCCAAGGUGAAGAGUGUCUCUGCAAACCAUUUGUUUCAGAGUAUUUAUUUUCUGUGCGAGGUAUUAGAAAAGAGAGCAGGUUUCAAUAUUGAAGAUCACAAGAAAUGUACCACAGAUAACCCAGAGACCACAAUAACCCAUUAAAUUAUUUGAGUGUGUUUAGUUAAAAGUUCCUUUUAUUUGUUGCACUGAUAACGUUUCACUGACAGCAAAUACCAGAAUGUGCUGCUCUGCUGUAUUAGAUAGAUUUGUCCAAAAAUAUCACUUAGACACUUGAAAUGUAACAUUCAAGCAAACA